CGCAUGCGCGCAGUACACCGAAGCCUUUGAAAAUGUCGGUUCCAGGUUAAAAAUGAGAAGGAAUUCGUCUUCAGGAAGCUCAAACACGGCACAACAGUUUUGUUGUCUCUGCCUAGGUAUUUAAGAAGUGGAGCAAGGGAUCCAAUUGACCACCCUUCCUGCUCAGACUGUGGGGAGGGAUCCUCUCGGUCAUUUGACCAACUGGCACGCCUGUAAUUUACACAGGAGAAAGGCCUUUCACCCGCUCAGACAGUGGGAAUGGAUUCACCCGGUCAUCGCAACUGAAGGUACAUCAGCAAGUUCACACUGGACAAGGCCAUUCACCUAUUCUGUGUGUGAGAAGGGAUUCAGUCGGUCUUCCCACCUGUGGACACACCAAUCAGUUCACACCACACCGGGCAGAGGCUGGUCAACUGCUGAAUUUCUGGGAAAAGGAUUCACUCAGUCAUCUGACCUGAUGGCUCACCAGCGAGUUCACACUGGGGAGAAGCCAUUCACCUGCUCAGAGUGCGGGAAAGGAUUUACACAGUCAUCUACCCUACUGGUACAUCAGCGAGUUCACACUGGAGAGAAGCCGUUCACCUGCUCAGUCUGUGGGAAAGGAUUCACUCAGUUAGCUACCCUACAGAGACACCAGCGAGUUCGCCCGGCGGAGAAGCCAUUCACCUGUUCAGAAUGUGGGAAGAGAUUUACUCAGUCAUCCCACCUACAGAGUCAUCAGCGAGUUCACACUGGGGAGAAGCCGUUCACCUGCUCAGUCUGUGAGAAGGGAUUCACUCAGUUAGCUACCCUACAGAGACACCAGCGAGUUCACACUGGGGAGAAGCUGUUCACCUGCUCAGUCUGUGAGAAGGGAUUCACUCAGUUAGCUACCCUACAGAGUCACCAGCGAGUUCACACUGGGGAGAAGCCGUUCACCUGCUCAGAGUGUGGGAAAGGAUUUACACAGUCAUCUGCCCUACUGAUACAUCAGCGAGUUCACACUGGGGAGAAGCCGUUCACCUGUUCAGUCUGUGAGAAGGGAUUCACUCAGUUAGCUACCCUACUGAAACACCAGCGAGUUCACACUGGGGAGAAGCCGUUCACCUGCUCAGUCUGUGGGAAGGGAUUCUCUGACUCUUCCACCCUUCUGAUUCAUCAGCGAGUUCACACUGGGGAGAGGCCGUUCAGCUGCUCCGAAUGUGGGAAGGGAUUCACUCAGUCAUCCCACCUACGGAGUCACCAGCGAGUUCACUCCGAGGCGAAGCCAUUCACCUGCUCAAUUUGUGGAAAGGGAUUCACUCAGUCAUCUACCCUGCUGGUACAUCAGCAAGUUCACACUGGGGAGAAGCCGUUCACCUGCUCAGUCUGAGGGAAGGGAUUCACUCAGACAUUCACCCUACAGAGACAUCAACGAGUUCACACUAGAGAAAGGCCAUUCACCUGCUGAGAAUGUGGGAAAGGAUUCACUCAGUCAUCCCACCUACUGGCACACCAUCAGUUCACAAUGGGGAGUGGCCAUUGUUAUGAAUCUCUAGGUUUUGUUUGCUGUGGAGAGAGAGAGAGAGAGAGAGAGAGAUUAAGAAGGCAAAUGUGUCUGACUUGCAGCUUGUUUACAUCGCGUGCAGCUUGUUUAGUUUUAACCGAGGACACAGACACUCAGAGACAGAUAGAGACAAAGGAGGAAAAAUGGAAGAAUUGAAACCAGGGAACUAGUGGCCAAGGGUCACUGUUUGGAACCUUCCUUCGCCCACAAGGGUGGACAAAUUAUCGAUUCACCAUACAUCGAAUGUGUGGUUGUCACCUCAUUUGAUCCAUAGCAGAGGAUCUGAUUUGGGGUAUCCUGUGGAGACCACUUAUGUGUUAACCCUUGCCUGGCUGUGGUGUGGUAGUUCACUUGAAGAUGAUACCCCUUAUGACAAGUCACUUCGGGUGAUAAUUAGUAUGUGGGUUUGGAAGGAUGACAGAUAAAAUCUACAGCGACUGUUGGUCUCGUUUUACCACCAUGGAACCUGUGGAAUAUGACAUAAUGGCCUUCUCUCAACAUUUACCCUGGAUUACAAAUAUCUCUCUCUCAUCACUUAUUCUGUAGUUGAACUGAACUUUCAUACUUUACCAUCUCAAGACUCCAAGCCUUGUUUCCCCCGAGCUCAAUAGUUUGGGAGUUUUAUUUCUACAGAUUUAUACACAUAACACUCAUGAGGAAAUCUGUAGAUGCUGGAAAUUCAAACAACACACACAAAAUGCUGGUGGAACCCAGCAAGCGAAGCAGUAUCUAUAAGGAGAAGAAAUGUCGAUGUUUCAGGCUGAGACCCUUCGUCAGGAUUAACUGAAAGGAAAGAUACAAAGAGAUUUGAAAGUAGUGGGGGGAGGGUGAAAUGCGAAAUGAUAGGAGACAGGAGUUGGUGGGAUGAAGCUAAGAACUGGAAAGGUGAUUGGCGAACGUGAUACAGAGCUGGAGAUGGGAAAGAAUCAUUGGACAGGAGGCCUCAGGAGAAAGUAAGGUGCGGGGGAAGCACCAGAGAGACAUGGAAAACAGGCAAACAAUUAAAUAUGUCAGUGAUGGGGUAAGAAGUGGAAGAGGGGCAUUAACGGAAGUUAGAGAAGUCAAUGUUCAUCCCAUCAGGUUGGAGGCUACCCAGCCGGUAUAUAAGGUGUUGUUCCUCCAACCUGUGUUUGGAUUAAUUUUGACAGUAGAGGAGGCCAUGGAUAGACAUAUCAGAAUGGGAAUGGGAUGUGGAAAUAAAAUGUAUGGCCACUGGGAGUAGUCUGUUGCUGCUGGUUCUUUUUUAAAGCGUUAUGGUUUGUAACAAAAUGGGGCCUGCGUCUGGGAUAUGAACAAAUUUAAGGAUUGAUUUAAUAUCGAUUUCAUUGGAUAAAUCCCUUUUGAUUUAUUUGUGUGUGGAAAAUCUGCAGCAAUGGAUGUUGAUAGAUAUCUGGAAGUGUGAACCUCUCAGGCAUUAGAAGACACCAGAAGGAUUGAGUUAUUGAGUAUUGCUAAAGUGUUAAUAUUUGCUAAGGUGAAAUUGACAAUGAGGAGGGCACAGAUGCAGAGGAUAAUAGCUGAACAUUAUGUAUCUGAGGGGGUGUUUAAAGUGGAGGAGUUGGAGGUGUUUCCUGAACGUAAACCUAGUGAGCUUGAGCUCCAGUACAAGUGAGAAAAAUUAAAGAUGGAGGCAGAGGCAAUUUCAGGCUGGAGAGAUAGAAAAGCAGUAAGAAAAUACUCUUACUAAGUGUAAUUAAGGGGAAGGCUGAGCAAGCCUAUUCUGCUUUGACAGCGCUGAAGCAGCUUAUUAUUUAUUUAUUUAUGCUUCCCCAAUCAUCGCCACUGGGCUAUAAAUGUGCAGGAGCUGUGUGUGGUUCAGUGCUUUGCUCAAGGACACACACGCUGCCUCGGCUGAGGCUCGAACUCAUGACUUUCAGAUCGCUAGUUCAACACCUUAACCACAUGGUCACACACCACAUAUUAUGACCUAGUGAAACAGGCUGUGCUCAAAGCUUACGAGUUGGUCCCAGAAGCAGACAGGCAAAAGUUUAGAAAUUUGAAGAAAUCUAUGAACCAGACAUACGGAAUUUGCUUAUGAGAAAUUUGUGUGUUUUGACCGCUGGUGCACAUCUGAACAUGUAAAUGAUGAUUUUAACAGCUUGAAAGAGUUGGUUUUAAUUGAAGAAUUCAGCAGGUGUGUCCCUGAUGACAGAAAGAUGUAUUUAGAUGGAAAUGAUGCUGCCACUAUGGAGGAAUCUGCUGGAUUAGCAGAUCAGUUUGCUUUAACUCAUAAAGUUAUGUUUACCCUGAAUAAGAGUUUCCAAAAGGUACUUGUCAAGUUGUGGGUAAACCUAAUGAGCUCACCCCAGUGGCCUGUACCUGCAUUCAGUGAACCCUUUUUCCAAAGUUAUAGUGGAUUGUGUUGGCCCAUUGCCAAAGACCAAAGCUGGCCAUCAGUAUCUGCUAACUAUUUUGUGUACCACAUCCAGAUUCCCAGAGGCAAUACCUCUCAUACAUAUUAAAGCUAAAACUGUGGCGAAGGCUCUCACCAAGAUUUUCACAUUAUUCGAUUUGCCUAAAGAAAUCCAGUCUGAUCAAGGAUGUAAUUUUACAUUUGGAUUAUUCCAGCAGGUAGAACUGGGAGCAAAACAAAUUGCAUCACCUGCAUACCAUACAGAAUCACAAGGGGCUUUAGAAAGAUUUCAUUCUACCCUCAAAACAAUGAUUAAGACAUAUUGUGUUGAAAAUGGAAAAGACUGGGAUGAAAGAAUACAUUUGCUUUUGUCCACAGAAAGAGAAUCAGUACAGGAAUCACAGGGCUUUACUCCAUUUGAACUUGUAUUUGGUCGCAGAGUGACCUUUGACCUUGUUAAAAGAAACAGUGGAUUGAUGUUAACUGUUAGACUAUAUUUUGAAGUUCAAAAAUAAACUACACCAAACCUGAAAUCCAGUGAGACAAAACUUAAAGAUUUCUCAAAACAAAAUGAAGUGUUGGUUUGAUAACAGGGCUCGCGAAAGAAAAUACCAGGUGGGAGAUAAGGUACUUGCCUUAUGUUGACGAAUCCACUUCAGGCGAAAUUCAAUAGACCAUAUGAAAUAGUCUCCCAAAUUAAUGAUGUGAAUUAUGUUAUUAAAACACCCAACUGACGGUGAACUAACACAGGUGGUACACAUAAAUAUGAUAAAACCUUUUUUGAACAAGUAGGUACCAUCUGUGUGUGUUGUUGUCAAAACAAAUGAAACUGGCAACCCUGAGAAUGAAACAAUUGACUUGUCUGAGACUUUUUACAAGCCAAACAUGGUCCCAGUUAGGCUAAUGAACUCGGUUGUUCCAGAAAACAUUGCUAACAGGUUGUCUCAUCUGCAGCCAAAGCAACAACAACUUGCUUGUCCGAGAAAAUCUUAUGGUGGUGCUUUGGAAGGAUAGAUUAGAGAGCUCUUCUAGGGAGGCCAUUUGGGUGGAAUUGAAGAAUGGGAAAGGUGCAGUAACACUGAUAGGAGUGUAUUAUAGGCCACCUAAUGGGGCGCGUGAGUUGGAAGAGCAAAUGUGUAAGGAGAUAGCAGAUAUUUGUAGUAAACACAAGGUGGUGAUUGUGGAAGAUUUUAAUUUUCCACACGUAGACUGGGAAGCUCAUUCUGUAAAAGGGCUGGAUGGUUUAGAGUUUGUGAAAUGUGUGCAGGAUAGUUUUUUGCAACAAUACAUAGAAGUACCGACUAGAGAUGGGGCAGUGUUGGAUCUCCUGUUAGGGAAUGCGAUAGGUCAGCUGACAGAUGUAUGUGUUGGGGAGCACUUCGGGUCCAUUGAUCACAAUAGCAUUAGCUUCAAUAUAAUUAUGGAGAAGGACAGAACUGGACCUAGAGUUGAGAUUUUUGAUUGGAGAAAGCCUAACUUUGAGGGGAUGUGAAGGGAUUUAGAGAGAGUGGAUUGGGUCAAGUUGUUUUAUGGGAAGGUUGUAAUAGAGAAAUGGAGGUCAUUUAAGGGUGAAAUUAUGAGGGUACAGAAUCUUUAUGUUCCUGUUAGGGUGAAAGGAAAGGUUAAAGGUUUGAGAGCACCAUGGUUUUCAAGGGAUAUUAGAAAUUUGGUUCAGAAAAAGAAGGAUGUCUACAAUAGAUAUAGGCAGCAUGGAGUAAAGGAAUUGCUCGAGGAAUAUAAAGAAUGUAAAAGGAAUCUUAAGAAAGAGAUUAGAAAAGCUAAAAGAAGAUACGAGGUUGGUUUGGCAAAUAAGGUGAAAGUAAAUCUGAAAGGUUUCUACAGUUAUAUUAAAAGCAAGAGGAUAGUGAGGGAUAAAAUUGACCCCUUAGAGAAUCAGAGUGGUCAGCUAUGUGUGGAACCGAAGGAGAUGGGAGAGAUUUUGAAUGAUUUCUUCUCUUCGGUAUUCACUAAGGAGAACGAUAUUGAAUUGUCUAAGGUGUGGGAAACAAGUAAGGAAGUUAUGGAACCUAUGACAAUUAAAGAGGUGGAGGUACCGGCGCUUUUAAGAAAUUUAAAAGUGGAUAGAUCUCCGGGUCCUGACAGGAUAUUCCCCAGGACCUAGAGGGAAGUUUGUGUAGAAAUAGCAGGAGCUCUGACGGAGAUCUUUAAUAUGUCAUUAGAAACGGGGAUUGUGCCGGAGGAUUGGCGUAUUGCUCAUGUGGUUCCAUUGUUUAAAAAGGGUUCUAGAAGGAAGCCUAGCAAUUAUAGACCUGUCAGUUUGACAUCAGUGGUAGGUAAAUUAAUGGAAAGUAUUCUUAGAGAUAGUAUUUAUAAUUAUCUGGAUAGACGGGAUCUGAUUAGAAGUAGCCAGCAUGGAUUUGUGCGUGGAAGGUCAUGUUUGACAAACCUUAUUGAAUUUUUUGAAGAAGUUACGAGGGUAAGGCAGUGGAUGUAGUCUAUAUGGACUUCAGCAAAGCCUUUGACAAAGUUCCACAUGGAAGGUUAGUUAAGAAUGUUCAGUCGUUAGGUAUUAAUGCUGGAGUAAUAAAAUGGAUUCAACAGUGGCUAGAUGGGAGAUGCCAGAGAGUAGUGGUGGAUAAUUGUUUAUCGGGAUGGAGGCCGGUGACUAGCGGGGUGCCUCAGGGAUCUGUUUUGGGCCCAAUGUUGUUUGUGAUAUACAUAAAUGAUCUGGAUGAUGGGGUGGUAAAUUGGAUUAGUAAGUAUGCCGAUGAUACUAAGGUAGGAGGUGUUGUGGAUAAUGAGGUGGAUUUUCAAAGUUUGCAGGGAGAUUUAUGCCAGUUAGAAGAAUGGGCUGAACGUUGGCAGAUGGAGUUUAAUGCUGAGAAGUGAGAGAUUCUACAUUUUGGCAGGAAUAAUCCAAAUAGAACAUACAGAGUAAAUGGUAGGACAUUGAGGAAUGCAGAGGAACAGGGAGAUCUAGGAAUAACUGUGCAUAGUUCCCUGAAAGUGGAGUCUCAUGUAGAUAGGGUGGUGAAGAGGGCUUUUGGAACGCGGGCCUUUAUAAAUCAAAGCAUUGAGUACAGAAGUUGGGAUGUAAUGUUAAAAUUGUACAAGGCAUUGUUAAGGCCAAAUUUGGAAUAUUGUGUACAGUUCUGGUCACCGAAUUAUAGGAAAGAUAUCAAUAAAUUAGAGAGAGUGCAGAGACGAUUUACUAGGAUGUUACCUGGGUUUCAGCAAUUAAGUUACAGAGAAAGGUUGAACAAGUUAGGUCUCUAUUCAUUGGAGCGUAGAAGGUUGAGGGGGGAUUUGAUCGAGGUAUUUAAAAUUUUGAGAGGGAUAGAUAGAGUUGACGUGAACAGGCUGUUUCCAUUGAGAGUAGGGGAGAUUCAAACUAGAGGACAUGAUUUGAGAGUUAGGGGGCAGAAGUUUAAGGGAAACACCAGGGGGUAUUUCUUUACUCAAAGAGUGAUAGCUGUGUGGAAUGAGCUUCCUGUAGGAGUAGUAGAGGCCAGUUCAGUUGUGUCAUUUAAGGUAAAAUUGGAUAGGUAUAUGGACAGGAAAGGAGUGGAGGGUUAUGGGCUGAGUGCGGGUAGGUGAGACUAGGUGAGAUUAAGGGUUCGGCACGGACUAGGAGGGCCAAGAUGGCCUGUUUCCGUGCUGUGAUUGUUAUAUGGUUUAUAUGGUUAACAGCUGAAGGAAUUAUUUCUGAAGUUUAAAGAUUUAUUUCCCUUUGUUCCCAAGCAAACCACGGUCGUAGUACAUGACGUAGAUGUUGGUCAAGCUAAACUGAUUGAACAACACCCAAAUUGCAUGAACGUAGAAAAGUGUAAAUUGGCUGACCAGGGAAUUGAGUAUAUGCUGGAGAAUGGUAUUAUUAGGCCUUCAAAAUGAGAUUGGAGUCACCCUGCAUUAUUGUGCCCAUACCUGAUGGUAGUGUUAGAUUUUGCACUGAUUAUAGAAAGGUAAAUACAGUAACAAAAACAGAUGCCUAUCCUAUCCCUAGAGUGGAUGAUUGCAUCGAUAAGGCUGGAAAAGCUAAUUACUUACAAUGAUUGAUCUGUUGAAAGGGUAUUGGUGUGUUCCAUUGAUGGACAGAGGUAGAGAAAUUUCUGUGUUUGUGACACCAUCUGGGUUGUAUGAAUACAAUGUUUUGCCUUUUGGACGGAAAAAUGCUCCAGGAACAUCCCAGAGAAUGAUUGAUUUUGUAAUUCGAGGGUGAGAACACACAGAUACCUAUAUUGAUGACUUAGUUACAGGGAGUGGCACUUGGGAAGAGCAUAUCUCUGCAGUAGAAAAGCUGUUUGACAGGCUUUCCUAGGACAACCUUACAGUUAAUUGAGCUAAGAGUGAAUUUGGCCGUGCCAGUAUGACCUAUCUUGGCUUUGUUGUCGGUCAAAGCAAGUUGGCUCCUGUUCGGGCAAAAGUCCAGACAAUUUCUCCAGUUCCUAUUCUGACUGCUGAGAAGGCUCUUAGAAGGUUUCUGGGAAUGGAUAGAUAUUAUCGUAAGAACUCUGCUGCGAUUGCUCUUCCUCUGACCAAUCUCCUGAAGAAGCGUGAAAAGUUUGUUUGGACCGACCCUUGUCAGAAGGCAUUUGAUUGAUUGUUAUCAGUAUUUGAGAUGAGGCCAAUCAAUGUACUGUUGUCAGCAAAAUUGAAUUAGCAGAUUGGAGCUGUGGGUGGCAACACAAGUCAUGGGUGCACAAAGAGUAAAGGAGGGGUCCAAAGUGACAACCCUGUGGGGUAUGUGUGCUGAGGGUCAGAGAGACAAAGGAGAUGGAGCCCACUCUUACUACCUGCCGGCGAUCUGACAGGAAGUCCAGGAUCCAGCUACACAAGGCAGGGUGAAGGUCUCUGAGCUCCUUGUCGAUACUUCGCGCCUUCGUAUGGCUACUGCUCUGCCCAUGACUGCAAGGAACGGCAGAGAACUUUGGAGAGCAGAGAACAUCAGAGAAACAAGCCUCCACUCCAUGGACUCUUCCUACAUUUCCACUCCCUCGGAAAAGCAGGCCAUGUACUCAAAUAACCUCAUAACCUGGACAUUCUUGCUGCAAGCCCGCUCCCCCAUCGGGGAAGAGAUACAAAACCCUUAAAGUGCGUAACACCAGGCUGAAGUAUAGCUUCCUGUCUACAGCUAUAAGCCAAAUGAAUGAUAAAAUGGACUCAACCUCACAAUGUAACUGGACGUGACCCUGCACCAUUUGUCUAUCUGCACUGCACUUUCUCUGCAGCCAUAAUGCUUUGUUACAGUGAUUAUUUUGUUGUAUAUCAGCUCAAUGUACUGUUGGAAUGUAUCCAUCUGUGUGGAUGGUACGUCAGGCAAGAUUUUCACUGUAGCUCAGUACAUGAUGAUAAUAAACAAAUUUCCCAUUUUAAUUGUGUGGAAAUAUUAA